AUGCUAGUAACAUCGCUUCUCCGUAUUUGUCAAAUUGCGGCAUUCACAAUAGCUAAAUGCUACCGAAAGUAUUGCAAGUACACCUAUGAACAGUAUGAAUACCUGAACAAACUCUCCGAAGACAUUGUGAACUACAAUUCCGACUAUCCAUUGGCACCGAAGACACUAUCAGAGUUUGAUCGAUGUUUCGAUUAUAUCCUACAAUAUAUAGACGUAGACAUGUAUACAUGUGUUCGUAAAAUUCCGCAAAAAAGUGGAACUAUCGAUGAAACGGCUCCUACCGUAAAACUGACCGGAUUCUUGAGAGAUAAGGAAUGUAUGAAACUGGUGAUGACAGAAGAAUGUCAGAUAAGUUCAAAAACGUUUGAGGACGGUUGGGAAACGACUCGAAACCAAAUGAAGACACUAUGUAAAGAAUUGAUAAAUGAGUGA